CCUUGCACACGGCACCGGGCUGGCGGGCGUGCACUGGCACGGUGGGCGAGAUGUGGGCUGGCGGCUUCUGGCGCGCUGUGCUCUCCCGGGCUCCCUGCGGCAGUCGCGCGCAGUCAGCGGUGGCUCAGCUGCGCGGCAUCCUGGAGGGGGAGCUGGAAGGCAUCCGCGCCGCCGGCACCUGGAAGAGUGAGCGGAUCAUCACCUCCCGCCAGGGGCCGUACAUCCAUGUGGAUGGCGUCUCCGGAGGGAUCCUGAACUUCUGUGCCAACAACUACCUGGGCCUGAGCAGCCACCCCGAGGUGAUCCAGGCUGGUCUGCAGGCUAUGGAGGAGUUCGGAGCUGGCCUGAGCUCAGUCCGCUUCAUCUGUGGGACCCAGAGCAUCCACAAGAAUCUAGAAGCCAAGAUAGCCCGCUUCCACCAGCGGGAGGACGCCAUCCUCUAUCCCAGCUGUUUUGAUGCCAACGCUGGCCUCUUUGAGGCUCUGCUGACCCCCGAGGAUGCCGUCCUGUCAGACGAGCUGAACCACGCCUCCAUCAUUGACGGCAUCCGGCUGUGCAGGGCCCACAAGUACCGAUACUGUCACCUGGACAUGGCGGACUUGGAAGCCAAGCUGCAGGAGGCCCAGAAACAUCGGCUGCGCCUAGUGGCCACCGAUGGAGCCUUUUCCAUGGAUGGGGACAUCGCCCCCCUGCAGGAGAUCUGCCGCCUCGCCUCUCAGUAUGGUGCUCUGGUCUUUGUGGACGAAAGCCACGCCACCGGCUUCCUGGGGCCCACAGGACGGGGCACAGACGAGCUGCUGGGCGUGAUGGACCAGGUCACCAUCAUCAACUCCACCCUGGGGAAGGCACUGGGCGGAGCAUCAGGGGGCUACACGACAGGACCUGGGCCUCUGGUGUCCCUGCUACGGCAGCGGUCCCGGCCCUACCUCUUCUCCAACAGUCUCCCGCCUGCUGUCGUGGGCUGUGCCUCCAAGGUCCUGGACCUGCUCAUGGGGAGUAGCACCAUUGUCCAGUCCAUGGCUGCCAAGACCCAGCGGUUCCGCACUAAAAUGGAGGCUGCUGGCUUUACCAUCUCGGGAGCCAGUCACCCCAUCUGCCCUGUAAUGCUGGGUGACGCCCAGCUGGCCUCUCGCAUGGCAGAUGACAUGCUGAAGCGAGGCAUCUUUGUCAUCGGAUUCAGCUACCCUGUGGUUCCCAAGGGCAAGGCCCGGAUCCGGGUCCAGAUCUCAGCAGUGCACAGCGAGGAGGACAUUGACCGCUGUGUGGAGGCCUUCGUGGAGGUGGGGUGGUCCCAUGGGGCACUGCCCUGAGCUCUGGACGGACGAGCAGAGCCAAGAUCCCCCAUGGCCACAGCAAAACGGGGCCUUUGAUCAGGCCAGAGGCCCUAACCCCUGACCCAAGGCCCGGGCCUGUGCCACAAGGGUGUGAAACAAGAGCGUGAGAAGUGG